AUGUCAAACAUUGUGUUCCGUCAAAUUGGAGUGCCUGAAAUUAUCAACAACCCUAAAUUUAAACAUCAGACGCACAAGGUUCAGUACUACGUUAAUAUUGAUGAAGAUUGUGAGGACUACGAAGAUCAAUUAAUUCGUCUUGUGAAUGAGAAUGUGGCUCAAGCGAUUAAAGAAAGCGAAGAAGAAGGGGAGAUGGUCUACAAAAUUGCUGCAGCGAUCCAUUCCGAUCGGCUGGUUGAUGGAAUUUUCACAGGUUUUUUACCAACGGUUGACUUUCAGGCAGAGAGGCUGCUGACAAAGUUCUCCAAAGUGCAGCAAAGUGCCAACACACCGUCCAUCAUCGGGGAACCAUUCACGCUUGAUAUUUCAACUGUCAGAGGAAAAACUGGAGGAAGAAGACCACAAGGUGAAUCACAGCUCAAUUCAAAAACAGGCGUUUUUGAAAUCAGAAACACAGGAUCUGACUGCUUUAUCCUAGCGUCACUGGUUGCCUUUAUGAAAAUUGCUUAUUCAGGCAGGAAGCAGUCGGAAUGGGCCUACAGGAUUGCCAAUCAAACUCCUUCGGCAAAACAAAAGUAUAUUGAAGUGCUAGCUGGGUGGUGCACUUCAAUCCUAAAAAAUUCAAAAUGCACCAUAAACCAGAUUGCGCCUGUGGUUGAACGUUACUUGGAGUUGGAAUAUCCUCAAUACAAGCCAAUUAGAAUUGUGGUGUUUGCAACAAGAAACUUCAAUGAUGACUGGUUAUAUCCUUUGGACAAACAUGUUAACGGCAGGACGUAUCUACCUAUAUAUUACAAUAAUAACCAUUUCGACGCAAUUUGGUACACGAAGCGCUUCUUUCAAUAUAAGCAUCAGUGCUAUAUUUGCCAUGUUGCCUAUUCUGACAAGUUACAGCAUAGUAGGAAGUGUUUGCAUAAAUGUCACUUGUGUGGCAGAGUAGGGCCCGAUUUCCCAUGCAAAUUUGAAGAUGUUCAAUACUGUGCCAAUUGUUCGACCACAUUCCCAAACUUUGACUGCUAUAAUGUACAUCAACAGAGAGCAUGUCGUCUUUACAAAACGUGUCAAAUUUGUGAAAAAAGAUAUAACACAAAGGAAAUACACGAAUGCGGCUCAACAUAUUGUCAAACAUGUCACUCGUACCAUUCUGCUUCCAGGUCGUGCUUCGUACAACCAUUGAAAGCUCCAGCAAAAGCGCCUUCCUAUAAGCUUUUUGUGUAUGACUUCGAAACGACGCAAACAACUAUUGUUGAGAAGGAUAAAAAAGCUAAGCAUGUAGUAAACUUUUGUGCUGUUAAAACAAUGUGCGACGAAUGUAUGACAUCAGGAAGAUACGCUGACACAAAUUCUUGCGAUAGUUGCACGGGUGAAUUAAACUACUGGAGCAUUCCGGAAGACGAAAACUGCGAACCGUUGAAAUACUUCUGGCAAUACCUUCGGAGAAACACGGAACCUGGAAAAACGAAUAUAGCGGUUGGACAUUACGCAGGGCGAUUCGAUAUCCCUUUACUGAUGGAGGAGAUCAUAUCCGAAAACGAACAUUACAAUCUACAAAUAACUAACGUAGGAAACAAGAUUUAUUCUCUUGUUAUCAAGGGAGGUGGUGAAUUUGGAUGUAUAAAAUUUAUUGACUCUUAUAACCAUAUCCCUGUACCAUUGGAAAAAAUGAUUGAAACCUUGGAUCUAAAAAAGAUAGCAAAUGACAAGGGAACAUUUCCGCACUUGUUCAAUCAGGAGCAAUUCUACGAAUACGUCAACGAUGGACUACCACCUAUCGAAUAUUACAACCCGGAUUCCAUGUUGACAGAAAAAAGAGCAAAAUUUUUGGAAUGGUACGAAAAACACAAAUCAGAUGACUUUAAUUUCAAAAGAGAGCUUCGCGAAUAUUGCAUCAAUGACGUAAUGUUAUUAGCCCAUGCUUUGGUUACCUUCAGACGUCAAUCUCGAGAAGCAACCGGAUGCCCUACUGAUGAUAUUCUCUACUCGUGUACUACACUUGCGUCAGCAUGUAUGAGAGAUUUUAGAAUGACAUGUAUGCCUAAGGAUAGCAUUGCCUUAGUGCCUGAAAAAGGAAUUGGUAGAUAUGUCAAUCAAUCUAAAGUUGCUUUAAAAAUGUUACGUUAUCUCAAAUACAGCAAAGGAUAUGAACUGCGUUUUCGCGACACACCUGGUGGAGAAUACAAGCUUAAAGUCGAACGCGAAGGAAAAAUCCAUCACUAUUUCGUGGAUGGAUUCGUUGAUCGUUCACCAGCUCAAAGUUUAGUAAUUGAAAUAUAUGGAUGCUUUUUCCACGGAUGCCCAAAGUGUUUCAAAUACAAGGACAUAAUAAUGCCCUUAGGUCAGCGAAGGGAGGAGCUGUAUCUCAAAACGAUGCAACGUCAACAAGCGAUUGAAAACGCUGGUCAUGAGGUAGAAACAUACUGGGAAUGCGAUAUCCAAAAAAUUCUAUCAACAAACGAAGAAAUGCGCAACUUUUUUAAUGACGAAAUCAAGAACCCCGGCCCUCUUGUUUUGAGGGAUGCAUUCAGCGGUGGUAGAACUGGCCCUUCACAACUUUAUGCCAAGGCUGAUGAGAAUUUUGAGAUUACUUACACGGACAUUCAGAGUUUAUACCCUUACGUUCUCGUCACGUACCCUAUGCCUCAUGGUAUUCCUGAACAUGUCUUGGGAAGCGGACCCGUUUUAUGGAACACUCCCGAAAUAAUAAAGGAUGAUGGUGUGUACAAAGUUCUAGUGGUGCCGCCAACUAAUUUAGCACACCCUGUUCUUCCCUCUAAGAUUAAUGAUCAACUUAUGUUUGUUUUAUGCGUUGCUUGUGCCAAAGAGAACUGCAAGACAAAUUUUCCAAGAAAUCUCAUUUGUAGACACACAGAAAAUGAACGUCAAUUUGUCGCCACCGUGGCCAGCGUAGAACUAAGACUAGCAUUGGAAAAAGGGUACAUUGUAAAACAUUUUUAUGAAAUGUACAGAUGUAACAUGAGCAAGGAUAUCUUCAAACCAUAUGUUAUGAAGAAUUUGAAGCUGAAGCUGGAGGCUUCAGGACCUCCUCCUUAUUGCUCGUCAGACGCGCAAAAGAUUGAAUAUUGCAACGAAGUAAAACGACGAUAUGGCUUCGAAUUAAACCAGGCAAAUUGGAUAAAAAAUGCAGGUUUACGUACGAUCGCAAAGUUGCGGUUGAAUUCCUUAUGGGGCAAAUUUGGCCAGAGAUCAAACCUAUCGCACGUUGAGGUGUGCAGAAACCCUAACGAUUUUCACCGAAUACUGCGCGAUUAUGGAAACGACGUAUGCAAAGUCAAUGUUGUAAAUGACACGGUGGCUUUUACCACUGUAAGAAAGAAGGAAGGCUUUGACGAAGAAUACGACUAUUCUAACAUACUUUUGCCUAUAUUUACUACAGCGAGUGCAAGAGUGCAUCUCUACCGCUUCAUGGAUCGAUGCCAAGGCUCAUCAACCUUAUUGUACACUGACACCGACAGCUGUGUUAUACUACAUCCAAGGGGUCAACUGCCGUUUAAAAUUGAUUAUUUUCUUGGUGAUAUGGAACGGGAGCAUGAAAAUAAUGUCAUAGAGGAGUUUAUAUGUGGAGGUGCAAAGCAAUAUGGCUUAAAGAUGAGAGAUGCCAAUGGUACUGCGUUGUAUGAGCUAAAGCUGAGAGGAAUUACCCUCUCAUACAGCGUAAAAGAAAUUCUGAAUUAUAAAGUUUUGCGAGAACUUAUACUGGGUAUCACCAAUAGCUCGAUAUCUACAGUGACUGAUCGUAUUCAACCUGUUAUCAGCAAAGGGGUCUACACGGUCAAGACAGUCAAGAAAUAUCAGCCAGUCUUCUACAAAGGUUUUAUUAACAAUCAAUUGGCUGUUCUUCCGUACGGUUUUAAAUAUUCAUGGCAGACAUAA